GGUCUGCUACGGCUAAUCCCAUUUCCUUAUCCGGGAAUUGCAAGGUUCCACGCGAUUGGCUGCCGCUGUCACAUGGAUUCUUAACUUUGUUCACUUGACAGAAAGUAGGAGGGUUCUGCGAAACAGGGAAACGAGUAAAGGGAUAGAUAUAAAUUUUAGUAUAUUUUGUGUGCAAUUCAAGGAAAUUAAUGGCCAUGAGUUCCUAUUUGAUCAACUCCAACUAUGUGGACCCGAAGUUUCCACCCUGCGAGGAAUACUCCCAAAAUGACUACCUACCCAGUCACUCUCCCGACUACUACAGCGCCCAGAGGCAGGAGCCUGCCUUUCAGCAUGAGUCGAUCUACCACCAGCGGUCGGGCUGUGUCGACCCGCCUUACUCCGCCUGCCAGGGUCCGGGGCAGCCCGCGGUGGUUAUGUCGCCGAGGGGGCACGUACUACCACCAACCGGACUCUCAACACCUAUCCCUGAGCAAAACCAUCACUGCGACUCCGUAACUCCGAGCCCACCGCCCGCUUGUGGCCAGAAUCCCAUUAACCAAAGCUCUUCCUCGGCAAACUCACGCAAGGAUCCCGUGGUUUAUCCCUGGAUGAAAAAAGUCCACGUAAACAUUGUAAGCCCAAACUAUACAGGAGGUGAACCCAAACGCUCCCGCACAGCCUACACGAGACAGCAAGUUCUAGAGUUGGAGAAGGAGUUUCACUAUAACCGCUACCUGACCCGCAGACGCCGGGUGGAGAUAGCCCACACCCUGUGCCUCUCCGAACGUCAGAUCAAAAUAUGGUUCCAGAACCGCCGUAUGAAGUGGAAGAAGGACCACAAGCUGCCCAACACGAAGAUCAGGUCCACUAACUCAUCCAACACAAACCCGAGCGGCGUGUCGACACUGGGGAGUUCACAGAACAGGAGCAGCGGGCCCCCACCAAGUCUAUAGCCACUCUCCCUUCAC